UCUUUUCGUUUGUGCGGGAACAUGUUUCUUGCGUGUUCCUUUCUCGUUCGGUUUGAAAAGAGAAGUUGGGGAAUUGAAUGCAAUAUAGUAGUUUUAUUGAAUUUACUGAGAUAAAAUCGAUCAUAAUAUCGUCAACGAUAACUGUGCUAGAAUGAAAUCGGAUCAAUCUUAAGAGAUUUUGUCGACAAAAAAAGAAAAGAAAUAAUUUUUUUUUAUUACAUAUUUGCAUACUUUAACUACAUUUCUUUCAUGCAACCUAUACAAAAACAAAUAAAUGCAUAAAUUUAACAUAAAAUUUUUUAAUUAUUUAAAAUUUGGAACAUGAGAUGAGCAUUAAUGAUAUUAAGCUUAAUUAAAGUUUGUUUAUUUAAUUACUUUAUAUCCUUAAAUUAUCAAAGUUUCUAAAGGACAAUGACUGUAAUGAUCUUGUAAUAAUCUUGAUUAUUACAAGGCAAAAUCAAUAUGUGUGUGUGUUAAAAUCAAAAUUAUUAAAAUCUUUUAAAAUGAAAGCCUUUAAAAUCAAAUAUAAAAAUCAAAUCAUUUCACACAUGGCAUUUACUUUUUAAAUACUUUCUAUAAAGAAAUAAAAUAAUAUCAUUCAAAGAGCUUAACAAUUGCUCACGACAUCAUCGUUUUUGGCCAUCCCACUUAUUUUAUCAAAGUGCUGCUCUAUUGACAUCAAUUCACUUUCUGAUAUGCAUUUGCAAAAAUAAAUUCUUUGAAAGCAGUUGCUUUGAUCUUAAAGGUAUAAAUUCGACAGUUCAAAAGAGCAACGAUGUGUGGAGAAAAUUUGAUGAUUUGCGGUUGCGUCCUUUUUUUUUCAUCAUUUCGUCAUUGAAAUCUGGGGAAAAUUUCACUGCUGACGAAAUCUCUAUUGCGGCAACUGAUGACAAAGAUGAUAAUUACGUCAGAGAUAAAAAUAUCAUAAAAAUCAUUUCUCAGAUAGCAUCUAUAUCAUUUUUCAUAUUAACAUGUCUGGUGUAUUCCAUAUUGUCAGAGCUCAGAAAUGCAUACGGUUUCAUACUAUGCAAUUACAUCAUUGCAAUGUCUAUCGAAUACAUAAUUAACAUUGUGUAUCUUCUAAUCAAAGAUGAUACUGAAGCUUAUUCAAUUUGUAUUAUAAACGCCUUUGGUUACUUUUGUUUUUUGGCAAGCUGCUUCUGGUUAAAUGUGAUGAGUUUUCACGUGGGGUGGACAUUUAAUUUGUUACAAAGAAAACAACAAGAAAAAAGACAAUUGGUGUUUUAUGCGAUCGUUGUGUGGGGUUUAUCCCUUACCUUCGCUAUUAUCCCUGUCCUGAUAGAAGUUUACGAAUAUCCGAAAUUUUUGCCACCGAGAUUUCGCGAAGGAAAUUGCUGGUUUUAUGAACUGAAAGCGUCUUUCUCCUAUAUGUACGCGCUCAAAACUAUUUGCAUUAUGAAUAGCAUCUGCUUCUCCCUUUGUACGGUAAUCAAAAUCAUGUUUUACGAAUAUAAAAAAUGCAAUCAUUUGAUGACUGAUUCGGAAAGCAAAAGAUAUAAUGACAAUAAGAAAUGGUUGAAACUGUAUCUGAAGCUAUUUAUCCUGCAGUUUAUUAUGAUGACAGUAAAAUGGUCCUCAUUGAUCUGGCUCGAUAAUCCUAAUCUCUCCUAUAGUUUCUUAUGUGCCUUUUAUUUGUUGGCCACUAUGCCGAAUUUUUGCAUCUUUGUUAUGUUUGUAUGGAAGAAGAAUAUCAGACAAAUGUUAUUGAAGCGAUUCGGCUGCGGUUUGUUUUCAAAAGAUUGUUGUGCAACAAAUGUAACAUCGUCGAAUACUUUAUCGUACAUUACGUCAGGAGAUAUGUCUAUACAGAAAGAGAUGACCUCUUGCGUAUAAAGAAUAUGUCACGAGAGAGAUUCGUCUGGUGGGAUUGAAUUCUAAUGUUGCAAAAAAAAAUUUUAUCAAAGAACCAAAUCAUGCAACGCAAUUAAUUAUAAUUCUCGAACUGAGAAUUGACAAUGCAAUGCAGAAGUUGAUAUAUGUAAGAGUGGAAAAUAAAUAUUUCUCGGACAUUUAGACGUAAUAACUAAGCUUGA